AUGGGACACAGUCAGGUGGCGUGGAUCUAUCUGAUGCAAGAAAGCGUGCGCAUUUACGAAAAAGAAACGGCGCCACAUGUUAGCUCUGCACCGAAGCCGCAUCUUCACUUUUUUCCUCAUCGGCUACUCUUUAUUAAAGAAACAUUAACAAUGGUUGCUCCUGUUGCUGCAGACGCUUUAGACUUGAUCGGAAACACGCCGUUGAUCAAGUUGAACAAGAUUCCACAAUCUUUUGGCAUUAAGGCUAAUGUCUAUGCCAAAGUGGAGUUGUUCAACCUGGGAGGCUCUAUCAAGGACAGAAUUGCCAAAAACAUGGUUUUGGAAGCUGAAAAGUCCGGUAGAAUUAAGCCCGGAUACACUUUGAUCGAACCAACCUCGGGAAACACUGGAAUUGGUUUGGCCUUGGUUGGUGCCGUCAAAGGUUACAGAACCAUCAUCACCUUGCCAGAAAAAAUGUCUAACGAAAAGGUGUCUGUUUUGAAAGCCUUGGGUGCGGAGAUCAUCAGAACUCCAACAGAGGCUGCUUGGGAUGCUCCAGAGUCCCACAUUGGAGUUGCUAAGAAGUUGGAGAAGGAGAUUCCAAACUCCGUCAUCUUGGACCAAUACUCGAAUGAGGCCAACCCACUGGCACAUUACUAUGGUACUGGGUUUGAAAUCUGGGACCAGACUGAGGGAAAAGUUACUCAUCUUGUUGCUGGUGCUGGUACUGGUGGAACCAUCUCGGGUAUUUCUAAGUAUUUGAAGGAGAAAAAUGCUGACAUCCAAGUGAUCGGUGCCGACCCCAAGGGUUCGAUUUUGGCCCAACCAGAAAGCUUAAAUGACUCUUCUGAGGGCUAUCUUGUCGAGGGAAUUGGUUACGACUUCAUCCCAGACGUUUUGAACAGAAAGUACGUUGACAGAUGGAUUAAGACCGACGACGCUGAAUCGUUCAAGUUGGCUAGAAGAAUCAUCAGAGAGGAAGGUAUCCUUGUUGGUGGCUCUUCUGGUUCUGCUUUGCAAGCUGCCUUGGAUGUGGCCAAGGACUUGACGGAAAACGACACUGUCGUUGUCGUUUUCCCCGACUCUAUCAGAUCUUACUUGUCCAAGUUUGCUGACGACGAGUGGAUGAAGACUAACGGCUUUGAAGUCGAAGAGAACUCUACUGCUGCCAACAAGACAGAUGACUUCUUGACCCACAAGACCAUUCGUGAUUUGGUUGCUGGAAAAGCGCCAGUGGUGACCGUCACCUUGGCUGACACUGUGGGUAAAACUUUUGAGUUGUUGCAAUCGAACGGUUUUGACCAAUUGCCUGUUUUGAGUCUGACUGGAAACUUGAUUGGUUUGAUUACAUUGUCGAAGAUUUUGAAGUCCUUGUCUACCAAAAAGGUGCAGAUGACCAACUCAAUCAGAAGCAUCUUCUUGGACUUCAGAAAAUUGGAGGACUUCGAAAAAUCCUUUAGCAUCAACAAGAAGUCUGGCUUCACGAAAAAGUCGUACGAGCCAAUUACCUUGGACACCUCCUUGGCAUUGUUGAACAAGUUUUUCGAAACACACUCCAACGCAAUCAUUACUGACAACGAAUUAAAGCCAGUGCAAAUUGUCACCAAGGUCGACUUGCUCUCCUACAUGACCAAAAAUAUCAGCUAUUGA